AUGAACGCCAUCAUGAAAAUCACAUUAGCCGCCGUUGCAGUUUUCGCUUCCGCCAUGAUGACCGCUUCUGCCAAACCAGCUGAACUCGUGCCCGCCGCCGCCAUCGCUCCAGUGGCCGUUGCUACGCCCUACGCUAGCUCGUUCACGUCUCACAGCGUGGCCCAUAGCGUAGCCACUCCGGUCGUACCGGCCGCUCCGGUCGUACCGGCCGCUCCAUACGUAGCCGCAGCUCCAUACGCCGCGGCACCAUACGUCGCAGCGCCUUACGCGGCCGCACCUUACGUCGCCGCGGCACCUUACGCGGCCGCUCCUUAUGUCGCGUCGCCUUACGCAGCCUCUUCUUACGGUUACUACCCCUACGCCGCUCCGGCUUACCUGUAA